AUGUCGGAUUCACAUUCUGUCAACUUCCAAGUGGAACCAAGCCAUCACGAGCAUGACGACGGGGACGUACCAAACAACAACGCGCCCCCCGUUAAUCCAGCUCAAGUCGGGUCAUCGGUGGGCAACGUUCCGGUCGGUGAGAACAACGGGGCCAUGCUGCAACAGCUCCAGAACCAGUUAGACAUGGCCAUGGCUCAGUUGCAGGCCCAGCAAGAGAUCAUAGUGCAAUUGCAAAAUCGGGGUCAUGCACCCGAUGUCGCCCCAUCGGAACCGACCCAGGAUACAGAGGAAAGACAUGUCUCACGGGGUAACGAGGGACUUCUCGGGCAAAACACCGAAUUAAAAAGAAUGCUCGAAGAAUUGACCAAACGAGUCGAAUCCGGUGAAAAGAAGAUAGAGGCGAACGAUAAGAAGGUGGAGAACUACAACUCGAGGGUCGAUCAAAUCCCGGGGGCUCCGCCAGUGUUGAAGGGUCCGGAUUCAAAAAAGUUUGUUCAAAUGCCGUUUCCGCCAAGUGCGGCGCCGAUGAAAAUCCCCAAGAGAUUUCGCAUGCCCGAUAUCCCGAAGUACAACGGGACAACAGACCCAAAUGAGCAUGUGACUGCAUAUACAUGCGCUAUCAAGGGCAACGACCUCGCCGAUGACGAACGGGAAUCAGUGCUACUGAAGAAAUUCGGGGAAACCUUGUCAAAGGGAGCUAUGAUUUGGUAUCAUAACUUGCCCGAGCACUCGAUUGAUUCAUUUGCCAUGCUCGCUGAUGCCUUCGUUAAGGCCCAUGCCGGGGCCAUCAAGGUCGAAACCCGAAAGUCAGAUUUAUUCAACGUCAAGCAACGAGAUGACGAGACCCUCCGCGAGUUCGUGGCUCGAUUUCAAAUGGAGCGCAUGGACUUACCUCCAGUUACCGACGAUUGGGCCGUUCAGGCUUUCACCCAAGGGCUCAAUUCGAGGAGCUCGAUCACGUCUAUGGAACUGAAACAAAACUUGAUAGAAUACCCGGCAAUCGCCUGGGCUGAUGUGCAUAACAGAUACCAGUCGAAAAUCCGGGUCGAAGACGAUAAGAUUCUGAGGACCGCUUCAGUGUCGUGGCAUUCCGGUAAAGGAAGUGAUCGCACAAGGAGAGUGGUGGAUCGAGAUUCCAGAUCGUCAUAUGACAGAUACCAGCCGUACCCGCUCGAUCGAAGAGGAAAUGGGCGUAACAACGAAUCGGGCAAGAAUGAUAGGAGAAGCGAUCGAAGGAAUGAUCGAGGUCCAAACAACCGUGGGUUGAUAAACAGAAAUACUGUCGAUAGAGUUCCGGGAAACAGAGAGAUUCCAAGGUUAUCCGAGUACAACUUUUGCGUCGAUGUAGCAACUUUAGCGGCGGCCGUUAGCCGAAACAAAGAAACAAGGCAUCCGAGGCCCAUCCAAUCUGACCGGAGAAGCGGGACAAAAGCCUUAUUUGAUAGGCCGGAAGAGCCCCAUCAGGUGAUACACAUGAUCAUGGGAGGAACCGACGUUCCCAUGGGACCGGUUAUGAAGCGCACGAAGAUCUCCAUAACGAGGGAAAAGCGUAUCCGAAACGAUGAUCCCGAUGGCCCCAUCACGUUCGAUGACGAGGACAUGGAAGGCAUUGCCCAGCCGCAUAAUGACGCACUGGUAAUAUCUGUCCUUGUCAAUAAUUUUAGAAUUAAACGUGUGUUGAUUGAUCCAGGUAGCUCGGCUAAUAUCAUCCGAUGGAGAGUCAUCGAACAGCUGGGACUACUAGAUCAGAUCGUGCCGGCCAUACGAGUCCUCAAUGGAUUCAACAUGGCAUGCGAAACGACUAAAGGUGAGAUCACUCUACCGAUCAGCAUGGCAGGAACUACGCAGCAGACGAAAUUUUAUGUGACAGAAGGGGAUAUGGGAUAUAAUGCACUGCUGGGCAGACCGUGGAUUCACCUCGUAAGAGCGGUUCCCUCGACUAUGCAUCAGAUGUUGAAAUUCCCGACCCCAGAAGGUAUCAAAAUCGUCCGUGGUGAACAGCAGGCCGCAAAAGAAAUGUUCGCGGUUGAAGAAUCUGCUAAGACCAUAAAAGCUCCAGAUCGGGGUGAAGGGAAGAAUGCCAAAUAG